AUGAGCGCGAAACAUUACUCGGACGACGACCUGGACGACCUGGACGAUCUUCUUGACGACUUCGACGACGAGGUGUUGAGCAGACCGCCCGGCGCGGGUCUCAAGCAGGAACAAGAGCAAGACGAACACAAGCCCGAGGGAGAUCAGCUUGACGACAAGGAAUUGUUCGACAACCUGCUCAAGGAGAUCGGGUCCAAGGAUCCAGAGCUGUCCAAGAACCUCAACAGUCUGCUGGGAGACCUGAGCAAACAGACCGAAACAGAAGAUACCUCAGAAACCCCAGCCAAGAACAACUUCCAGAGCGUCAUCUCAGAGACCAUCAACAGACUCAAGGAGAGCGGCGAGCAGGUGGACAAGUCGAUCCAGGACGAGGGCAAGGACGACGAGCUGUUGACGAGUCUGCUCAAGUCGCUGGACCUGAACCUGGACCUCAAGGGCCUGGAGGGCCAAAACGGAGGGAUCGAGGACGUGGGGGGUUUACUGGAGGAGAUGCUGGGAAAACUGUCGUCAAAAGACGUUCUUUACGAGCCAUUGAACGACCUGUACGAGAAAUUUCCGGCCUGGCUGGCUACCCCGGCAAAUCAGCAGGAUAAACAGUACCCCACGUACCAGAAGCAAUACGCGGUGAUCAAACAGAUCAUCGAGACGUUCAACCUGCCAAACUACGACGACCCCGAAAACAAACAGCUGGUGAGCGAGAAGCUCGAGGAAUUACAGGAACUCGGAAUGCCUCCAAAAGAGUUGCUGAACGACGACCUGAAUUUUCUAAACUUUGGAGGCAAUUCAGAGCUCGAGCUCGGCGACAACGACAUCCCACAGGACAUCAACAAAGAAUUGGAGGAAACAUGCAAACAAACGUAG